GACCAGGUUCUCGGCUCGGUUCUUCUCUUGGUGCCACGCAAAGAUGUCUACACAUAAGAAGAAGACGAGGAAACUGCGUGGACAUGUGAGCCACGGCCACGGUCGUGUCGGCAAACACAGGAAACAUCCUGGUGGCCGUGGUAAUGCCGGCGGUCUGCAUCAUCAUCGUAUCAACUUCGACAAAUACCAUCCCGGUUAUUUCGGAAAGCUUGGUAUGAGAAAUUAUCACUUAAGACGCAAUACAAAAUGGUGUCCCACCAUAAAUUUAGACAAAUUAUGGACUCUGGUCUCCGAACAGACGAGGUUGAAAUACAAAGACGUUGAAAACAAGGCACCCGUCAUUGAUCUUACAAAGGCAGGUUAUUAUAAACUUUUGGGAAAAGGACGCCUUCCAAAGCAACCUGUUAUCGUUAAAGCUAAGUUCUUCAGCAAGCGGGCGGAAGAUAAGAUCAAAGCAGUCGGUGGCGCGUGUGUCCUGUGUGCGUAAACAUCUGAAUAUUACAACUUCUCCGGAUACAAAAUGGAAAUAAAUGUUUUUUCGCUAUAUAAUAAAUAUGUUUUCAACAUACA